AUGCUGCGCUGUGCAAAACUUGGAGUGCCUCUAAAUAAACCGAUGUUAAAACGAAUUAUUCCUCCACUGUUGAAAGAAAAAGGUCUUUCAGUCGAGAAACAACGUUUUACGGAGGACUGGCACUAUGGCUUUUUAAAGCGUCACCCAGAAAUUAAGAAGCGCAUCUCUCACAGUGCAAACCGGAAGAAAUCUCGGGAAUGGACCGUAAAAAACCGCCAGGGAUGGCUUAAGAAGCUAAGCGAGCUGCACAUGAGCGGAUAUCUGAGCGACCCUCGUGGUAUCUGGAACUUUGAUGAGUCCGCAUUUCAAGUGGCAGAGCGAGUUACUUCGGUUUAUGCAGAAAAAGGGACAAAGGAUGUACUCUCUUAUUUCGAUGGUAACGACAGAGAGCUGGUUACUGUUUUGGCUGGCGGAAACGCUGCGGGAGAGAUUAUGAGACCGUUAAUCCUGUUCGAUGGCAAAGUGAUGAUGGCUUCUCGACUGGACGGAACUGAUGAUCGCUGUUAUGUCGGUGUAAACAAUUCAGGGAUUAUGGACACGGAAACAUUUGUUAAUUACCUCCGACGCGUAGUCAUUCCUGCCAUGACAGCAGAUAAGAAUGUUAUCUUCUUGGAUGGUCAUAGUUUCCACAUGCUGAACGAUGAGUUCAUUCACGAGUGUUUGAUGUCGGAAAAAGAUAUUACCGUAGUGAUUUUGCCCUCUGGACAGACUGAUAAAUUGCAGCCCAUGGACAUUAAAGUUUUCGGACCUGUCAAAAAGUACUGGCGGGAUUAUUUGCGUUUGCAGCCACUCCUAUUGGACGAAGCGAUAUCCAAGCAGAAUUUUGCGAAACACUUGAUGGCAAAAUGAAACGAUUUCAACAUGCCGUCAAAUAUCAUUUCCGGUUUUAAAGCAUCGGGCAUUUUUCCUUAUAAUCCGGAGAACGUUUGUCGUGCUGUGGAUGGGCCCAACGAUGAUUUAAA